GCCUGUAACUGUUCGUUUGCCCAUCGUGGAAACUCCCUCGUUGACUUCGUCUUUCACCUCCACUCGUCUUAGCUCCCUCCAAUCUCAACCUUCUGGAGGAUAGAGCAUAGUCAUCAGCACUGAUCUAUUCAGAAUUUCCAGUUUUACUUGAUCUCUAAAUCCCCAGAUUCAUCGUACUCAGAUUCUUGAAGAAAUGGGCAACCACUUCUGCAAACCAAGAGACCAAAACACUCAUUUUCCGGCGACUUCUACGCCGUCAUCGGCAACCAUCUCCUCCGGUUUCGACAUCUCCACCGAGUUGAGUUCCUACCUGAUGGCCUGCCAGAAAGAUCCGGGCUUCCGAGCCUUCGAUUCCACGCUCCAAGACCGCGCCACCAGAGCCAUAAACUCCGUCGCCGGCAACCUCGACCACCGGGCGCUCUCCGUCGAAUCCCUCCGGGAUGUCACCGUCUGCUUUCUCGAUAUGAACCAUGAAGUCGUCAACUUCAUACUGGAAAGCAAACGGGAUAUCUGGAAAGACCCGGACCUGUUCGAUCUGGUCAAGGAGUUUCUCGACAACAGCCGCCACACCAUGAGCUUCUGCACCGCCCUCGAGGGCUGCCUCCACCGCGUCCAAACCAGCCAGUCCAUUCUCAAGUUCGCCUUGCAGAAAUUCGAGGAAGAAACCGCCCAGAUCCAAGGCUCCGACCCGACCCAUCUCUACUCCCAGACGCUCCAGCAGCUCCAGAUGUUCAAGGACGCCGGUGACCCUUUCACCGAGAAAUUCUUUUCUUUGUUCCAUGUAAUGUAUACGAAGCAAGAAUCCAUGUUGAACAAACUGCGAGAGAAAAAGAGGAAGCUUGAUAAGAAACUGCGGAGAAGGAAGUCAUGGCGGAGAAUCUCGAGCGCGAUUUUCGCUACUGUCUUUGUCUCGGCCAUCGUUUGCUCCAUUGUCGCCGCCGCCGUGACGGCGCCGCCGGUUGUGACGGCGUUGGCGGCGGCCGCGGCAGUGCCGCUCGGGACGGUGGGCAAAUGGAUCAACAAUUUGUGGAGGAAGUACGAGAAUGAGCUUAAGAAGGAGAGGGAUAUACUGAACACAGUGGGGGCUUGGACUACAUUUAUGAUCAAAGACUUGGAUGAUAUUCAAGCUUUGGUGGAUAAAUUCAAGAUUUUGAUUGAGGGAUUGUUGAGCACUGCAGAUUUUGCCAUGCUGCAAAGUGAAGCAGUGGAGAUUGCAAUGGAGGACAUCAAGAAGAAUGUGAAUUCCUUCAUGGAAACAGUUGAGAUCUUGAAUGUGCAUGCAGAUAAUUGCAGGCAGCAUAUAAGAAUGGCAAGGACUGUUAUAUUGAGAAAGAUCAAUAAUCAAGCUAGCUCAAGUAGUUCAGGGAAUGGUAUUCUCUUCGACUGAAUCAGCCUAAGUUAUUCAUAGCUGUUCCGCCUGUUCGGUUCAAACCAAGAAAGUUAAAAGAACAGUUGAACUUGUUACUUUUUGGUUACCCUGCGAACAGUUAGACCAACUUGGUUGGAUUGCCGCCACUGAAUUUGCCAUUUGUGGUGCCAAUAGUGUUGUUGAUUCUUUUUGUUCUUUGUAAAGAUUAGCCAUGAUUGGGUCUAUAAUUUUAUAUGGACUCCUUGAUAUAUAUAGAUAUUACUCUCAAUAAACUAUACUGUUAUGCUCAUUUCUGGUG